AAAGAAAUUUGAAAACAUCCUCUCUCUCAAAAGUCUCUCCUUCUCUGUUUCUCUCUUGAAGUAAGAGAAAGCACCAUCAUAAUAACCCAGCCCUCUGUUUUUUUCUUCUGGGUCACCUGAUUCUUAGUCAGAGCAUCAAAAGUCGAUCAGAGGCAUCGUAAAAAUCAAAACUUUGCUUGUUGGUUUCUUCUUUUGUUCUACAGAAAAUGGUUCAAUACAAGAGACUAAUCAAAAAAGGGGAAAAGCUUAGACUUUCAGUAAAAGAAGAAGGUGGCUCCGGUGCCAACGUCGUCGCCGUCUCCGGCGGUGGCUACUCAAAGACAACUAAACAGAAGAUUCUCUUUAUUAUCUUUCUCUCUUUACUCUCAUGCUGUUACAUCUUCAGCUUUUCCUCUUUCUCUCUUCUAGAUGCUUUUAGCAGAGAGGUUAAAGGAUUUGGUCCUUAUGAAUUGUUCAUUGCACCUCUUUGUUCAGGAACCUCAAAUGGAACAAUUUGUUGUGACAGAACCGGUUUUAGAUCCGACGUUUGUAUCAUGAAAGGAGAUGUUAGGACACACUCUGCUUCUUCAUCAGUCUUCCUCUUCACGUCCCUCAAAAACAAGAUAACGAUCACUGGAAAGAUCAAGCCUUACACUAGAAAAUGGGAAACUAGUGUGAUGCAAACAGUUCAACAACUCAAUCUCGUUUACAGAGAUGAAAAAAACAAUUAUUUAGUCUCUGUUGAUGAACAUAAUAACAACAUCUGCGAUGUGUUCUAUAACGUUCCUGCUGUGUUUUUCUCAACAGGUGGAUAUACCGGAAAUGUUUACCAUGAAUUCAACGACGGAAUCAUCCCUUUGUUCAUCACUUCACAUCAUUUCAACAAGAAGGUUGUGUUUGUGAUUGUUGAGUAUCAUAGUUGGUGGGUUAUGAAAUAUGGAGAUAUCGUUUCUCAGCUAUCCGAUUAUCCUCCUGUCGACUUUAAUGGCGACAAGAGAACGCAAUGUUUCAAGGAAGCUAUUGUGGGAUUGAAGAUUCACGACGAGUUAACCGUUGAUUCGUCGUUGAUGCUUGGGAAUAAAACGAUUCUUGAUUUCAGAAAUGUGUUGAAUCAGGCUUAUUGGCCGCGUAUCCGUGGAUUGAGUCAAGAGGAAGAACUCGAGGCAGCAAACAAGACCGGUAAAAGGGUUCAAGAAGACGGUUUCAAGAAACCGAAAUUGGUGAUUCUGUCGAGAAAUGGAUCGAGAGAGAUACUCAAUGAUGGUCUUUUGGUGGCAUUAGCCGAGGAAAUCGGAUUCAUCGUUUAUGUUUUGAGACCGGAUAAAACAACAGAGCUGGCAAAAAUCUACAAAUGUUUGAAUUCUAGCGAUGUGAUGAUCGGUGUUCACGGAGCUGCAAUGACACAUUUCCUUUUCAUGAAACCGAAAACUGUCUUUAUACAGAUUAUACCAAUAGGAACCGAAUGGGCAGCUGAGACUUACUAUGGAAAACCAGCCAAGAAGAUGAGAUUGAAGUACAUUGGUUACAAGAUUAAACCGAAAGAGAGCUCUUUAUAUGAUGAAUAUGGCAAAGAUGAUCCCAUAAUCCGAGAUCCUAAGAGUUUUACUCAAAAAGGAUGGGACUACACUAAGAAGAUUUAUCUCGAGCGCCAGAACGUGAAGCUUGAUUUGAAAAGAUUCAGGAAACCGUUGUCUCGUGCUUACGAUUUCUCGAUGAAGCGAAUUGGACCGGUGUAUAGCAGUCACAAACCGGAUGUUACUAAUUAAACCGAGUUUGAGAUUGUAUAAACUAGUUUUGGAGAUGUAAAUAUUUUGUACAGAGAAUUUUUUUUUUUUUUUUGGUCAAAGUAGAGAGAAUGCAUAUAUUUUCUUUUGCGUCGUAGCUUUUAAUAUAAGCUUUUGUUCUGUA